AUGCCUGUGGAGACGUCGAAGAAGAAUUCGCCACACCGACGGCGAUCUCUUGCUGUUCUUGGACACGGCCCCUCGAAACCCAGCCACCGUAGACGAGCAUACAGUAUCGCACCUGGGGAACGGGUCAGUCCGGCGGCGAAAGCACGGAGACUUUUGGUGCCCCGCAAGAGUAUCCUCAAAGCCUCCAUAAACCUACCUAACAGUCGAGUCUCCGAUGCCGCCGAACCAGUUGCGUCUGCAGGCGCGGACGACCAGACAAUGGAUCUCACAGAAGUCCAUGGACGGGGUCCACGGAAAAGCAUCCUUUCCCGUCGCGUCAGUUUCGCUGCCCACACCCACGUCCGCCUCUUUCACCCGGAAAGCAACAAGGGUGACCCCCCAUCCUCUCCUCCGGCAGAGUCGCCGAGCCCUCAAGCCCCCGCCGUUACGUUCAUCACCCGUGAAGAUAAUGAUGAGAAUGCGGUUCCUGGUCAGGCCAACCGACGAUCCUCAAUGCGGCGGCGGUCCUCGGGGGCGUUCAGUGAAUUCGGAGAGCAGUCGAUGGAUAUGGACAUGGACGACACUGUGCCUCUCCCUCAAGACUUCUUGCCCCCAAGUAGCCCGUUGGUUGAAGAUACCACCGUGGAAGACGAGGAGUUCACAGAGGAUGAAGACGAGUCCGACAUGGAAGUCACAGAGGCGAUUGCCCGGAAUAUUGAACGCAAGAGGUCCCUGUCAUUGGGUCCGAAUGGUGCAUCUAGGGCAAGCAGGCGACGCUCCUCCAUUAUGACGGCGUCCCAGUCCCAAAGCGAGAACCAGCCACCUAUGGACUCCGACCCACCCGACGUGCAAGAGGGCGAAUCUAUGGCGGAAGAUUUGACAACCUCUUCUGCACACGAAGGGACGUCGUUCAUGUCUGAAGGGUCUUCUGUUGGGCCUGUGGAGUAUACAAUACCCCCCAAGGAACCGGACCCCGUUUGGUUACAGCUUCGAGCCAUGACACAUGCAGGAAAUGAGCCUUACGAACCUCCCCCUCCUGAGUCAGACGAUGAUGCGUUGCUCAUCCAACCUUCACCCGGUUCACAAGAAGCCCUUGCUCAGGAAGGGCAAGAUGAAGACGGUGAGGUUGACAUGGACUUGACAUCCGCUGUGGCACCACCCUCAUUCUCUGCUCCGGCGGAAGACAGCUUCAGCGACGAUGGAGGCCAACAGCUGCGCGAUGAUACAUUCAGUACCGAAAAUAGCUUUGGUGACACCUCUGCGGAUCUGGACAACCGCACCAUCAACUUGACCCAACGCGUGCAAGACGGCGUUGUGAGGCUGCCUGCAGCCGCCCGUGCCGAUGAAUCAACGCCCACUGCACCCAAAACCCAACCAUCCACCAUCGAACCGCUCAAGGGUAGUGUGUUCGGCGCACCAAACCCAUCCCUCUCAUCCAACGUGUUCGGCGCUGUCUUUAGCGCACCACCGAACGUCUUCUCCGCACCUACGAAUGGACAACCACCCUCUAAAGCUUCCAAUGACCGCCCCCACUCGCCUUCGAAAUCCCCUGGGCCAGCAACUGCCCCUAAACCCUUCACAUUCGCUCUCCCUCGAGCAGGGUCUCCAGCCAAAUCACAGACACCAGCGAGAACCUUCGCGCUGCCCUCCGUCCCGAAGUCACCAAAGCGUACAUCCACCGAGAACCAAGGAACCCCGGCCUCCACCUCACGUCCUUCAGUGGGACGGCUCGAUGUCUCUCGUACAGCCGCUUUCGAUGGCGCUGCAGAACCCUCCCAGCGUUCGAGUAUGAGCCUCCGUCGUCCAUCUGGAUACUUCGCGCAGAGGAAGAGCUUGGGCGCGGGCGUCUUGCCACCAAGUCAGAUUUCUGAACGUGCCAGUGGUCCCGAGAAGGUGUCAGGUGGAGCCGGACUCAAUCGCCCUCGUGCCGGCCUUGGCCUACCUCCUCGCCGCACAAGUAACGGUCCAGAACACGUCGAUACUGGCGACCCGCUUUAUCCCGACCUUUCUCAGAUCGAAGAGGAGCAAGAAUCGCUGACAGCUACCAUCCUCGCCCCCCAACCGGAUAAAGGCAAGGCAAGAGCCACAGAAGCGCAAGCAGAACCGCCGGCGUCUGACAGGAUAUAUCCACGACUUGACUCUCCUGAUGCCCCUCCGUCGCAGCCAGAGGCCGUGCCAGAGCCACGACGUGCAGCUUCUCCGGCUCAAGUCCGCCCGCCUCGCAAGUCUGUUACCCACAUUGCCCCACCAUCCCGACCGGUUAUCGACGUCUCCAUGGCUGUAGAUACGGAAGAACCUCCAGAUCCUGAGGGUCCAGGAGUGUCCCAAGCAUGGCGCGAAGGUAUCGCAGAAGAGCCGAUGCAAGAGGAUGAUGAGCCUACCAUCUCGAUCGAGCAGUUCUUCCAAAUGACAGGCAUCCGAUUCAUGGACGAGCUCACUAUGCCCCGACCUCGUCGUUCAACAGUCGGGCCCGGACAGCUGCGACCACGUCGACGCCGGCGGUCCUCUGCGGCCGAAGAGCUGGGGGAGAGUGUGGCGGAGGAAGACCCGAUCCCACUCGCCGAGUUCGCGAUCGCAAUGGCGGUCGACAUGCCUCGGAUCGACCUGUACACUGCGAUUACGCGGGAUCUCACCGCGUACAUCCAAGAGUGCAAGAAGAUCUACAGCGAGGCGGAAGAGGAGGCCCUGAAGGACACCCCAAGCUUGUUCCGGGAGUUUGCCAAUGUGGACGAGAGCGAGCAGGCGAUGCUGAUUCACCAACUAAAGCUCAUCAAGGCGAAUAACAUUGGGACCGCGAAGUCCCAAUGGUACGACUGGAAGCAACAGUGGGUUGCACAGUUGUCUGAAAGCGCCUCGUUGGGUUUCUCCAAUCUCGAGUCGGACGCCACAUACCUCGCAGGCAUCAUCAAGGAAGCGCAAGACAUCCUCCCGGCUCUCCGCCAGGAGUACGAGGAAGUCACUCGCCUUUUGGAGCAGGAGCAGGCCGACGUUGACGAGAUUGAGAACUCUGACAAUGACUAUCUCAACGAGUUAAAGGCUUCCAUCGCCGAGCAGAACAACGAGAUCGAAGCCUUCAAGGGCGACGUCUCCGAGGCGAAAGCCAAGCUCGAGCGACUCGAGGAGAAGCUUGCGGAUAUCAACGCUCAGAAAGAAGACGCGACCACUGCGAUCAACCAAGCGAAGCAGAUCGCGCACUUCCAGAAGGAGAGCACUAGCGUCGAAGUCUUCCGCCUCAAAGCGGAACUCGAAGCGAUGGAGGACCUGCACCUCUGGCACGCCGUCAAGCUUACGCCCACCGUCGCUGAAUUCGUCUACGCCUCCAAGUUCCGCGUCGUCGUCCCAUGCGUCGCACACCGUCCCAUCCUAGCGCGCGUGGAAGUCCACCGGACCGAAGGAUCUAAGCUCAAGGACCGAGACCCCUUCCCCGCGCUCACCCAGCUGACGCUUAAGACCUCGCGGAGCCUCGUCGCUGAUGCAGACGAGAAGCUCGACCUCAAGCGCAUUCUUGAGCGUCUUGGCGACUUCUGGUCGAGUUGCGCGCAAUUCCGCUCGCAGCUCAACUUCCUCGCGAUCAAGUACCCACUCAAGGUCGAGAUCGUGUCCGACGAGCAGGGUCAAGACUACCUGCAGGCGACAGCCACGGUCAUCUUCCCGAACGUGAAGGGCAAGGCAUAUAUAUCGUUUCUCUUGGAUAGGGACACGUACACCCGUUGGCCGCUCUCCGUUCGUGGCCUUAAAUCGCACGUCGAGGUUGCCUACGGGAACAUUCAGGGUGACGCGGUCCUGCAAGCCAUACUCAGUCGGCUGAUGCAGGUCAGCCCGGCCGACAGCCAUGGGUGCCUCUUGGACGCUUGUAUCGAGGGAUCGGAGCAGUACGAAUGA